GUUUAGGGGUCAUCACAAUACACUACAUUUCCAUCCAAUUGACUAUGCUAGUAGGACUUUGAAUGAUGCUCAAAAGAACUAAACCAUGAGAAGGAGUUACUAGCCAUUAUGUUCGCCUUCUACAAAUUUUGCUCAUAUUGGUGCUAUCCAUACAGUAGUCUUCACAGAUCAUCAAGCACUUUGACACCUUCUAUCAAAGGCGGAUGCAAAGUCGAGACUCAUUCGAUGGAUCUUACUACUCUAAGAAUUCAACAUUGAGAUCAAAGACAAGAAAGGGGUAAUAAAUGUAGCUGCUGAUCAUCUAUCUCGAUUGGAGGGUGUGCGAUUGCUAUUCCAGAUCCGGUGAAAAGCAGUGAUUCAUUCCCAGACGAGCAAAUCCUCGAAGUCAUCAUCAAAGAAGCUGAAGGAUCAUGGUUUGCGGACAUGGCUAAUUCCCUAGUUGUAUUGCGAUCAUCAAGAUUUUGGAGUCGUUGUUAGAAACUUUUUAAAGUAUUUGAAAGGUAUUAACCUCUUGUGUUUGAUUUGUUUUUAUAAAAGAGAAAUGUGACGUUCUAGUUGGUUUUUUUUUUUACAGGAUUCAAAAUUGAGGAAGCCAUAACAAUCCAUACAAGGACGUGAUACCUAAAGGAAGGACCAUCACUCGAAGAAAGGUGGACUUCAUAUCUCUAUUCGAAUACCAUUGGCCAAAGUCAUCGAAGGACGAUGCAAGCACAAUCCCAUCAAUAAGCAAAAAGCAUUAAGAAAAGAGAAAUGAGUGUGUAUUGACAACAUCCUUCCACAAGGGCAGAUGAAGGUCCUUGCACAUAUGAAGAAUAUUGAGAAAUGAAGAGAUGCGGCAAGCCUUCGAUGGCCUUGAUGAAUUCAUUAAAUCAAUAAUCAAACCAGAACCUCCCAUGAGAAUCAAUACUAGCAUCUAUGAUGAAGAGCCAAAGUAACUGCUAGAAGAUGUUCAAAUAACCGAGGAGCAAUCUGAAGCCCAUAAAGGACAUUCCAAUGAGAUGCAUGAAGGUUUUGGAGAGAUCAUAAAUCACAAAGGUUUUAUGGAGCAUGAAGAAUUCAUGGACCAUGAAUUAGAGGAAGAUGUGUAGUUUUAAUUUAUAUUGUAUAUGAAUGUCAAUUUAGAGCAUCAGACGGUCACCUAUGCCUGCCAUCGAUUGACUUAGUGUGCAAUUCAACAUUUUUUAUGUUUAACUUGGGUACCAACCUUUCUAUUGAUCAACAAUAGAGAUCAAUUCGGCAAGCUGCAAGUAAGUUUUAUUUGAAGUUUAGACCAAAUCAUGAUAGAAAUGUCCUAAGUUAUAUACCAAGUGACUUAUCGAUUUUUUGGUUGCAUUCUUUAAAUUUUUAAAUUAAGUUAAUACAUUAGGCGAAAAAAUAGAAUUUUUAACUCUCGUACAUUGGAUAUAUGCCAACUUGCCUUGUUGAGCUCAUUUGUAAAGCCAAACACAAUGUUGGACUUGUUGAGCUCACAUAGUGAGAAUAGCUUGAGUCGGGCCCAAAGCGAGUUCGAUCUACAAUUUUCAAAAAAGGGUCGAGCUCAAACGAGUUUAAUAAAACUCAUCUCGAACUCGAGUCAACUUCGAACUCAAAUAUUUUGUAUCGAGCCAAUCUCUAGCCAAUAAAGAUCUUGGCUUAGUUUGACUCCUCGACAACCCCUAACCAUGACAGAGAUGAAGGGAUAGUGAGUUUGUGACACAUUCUUCACUCCAAAUCAAAGCCAAACCAAUGAAAAAUCUAUUGAAGGAAGUUAAAGAACUUUCCUCACAAACCAAUCUAAGGCAGCAAACAAGCCAAGUUGAGUCGAGUUUGACAUAGAUCGGGUUGAACUCUUUAGAAAAUGAGUCAAGCUCGAGCCAUGUUCGUUUAUUAAAGCUUUAGCUCAAGCUUUGCUUGAGUGCACAAGAUCUAGUCAACCUCGUCUAAUCAAUUAGCUCACAAGCUCAACUCGAUCUUAACUUAUUUAAGAGUUUAAAAGGCUGAACCCCUAAACUGAACUCUAAGGGUGUGUUUGGAUGUGUAUUUGAAAUGUUUACAUUUGACAUACAUGUAAUUCAAAUUCAUUGUUUGGUUAUUCAUUUGAAACUUUAAGUAUUUCAAGAUCUUAUAUACUGACUUAUCUGGCCAAGUUUUACAUUUUUGAAAAUUAUAGCUUAGCAAAUUUUGUCUACAAUUUAGUACAUAAACUUUAAUAUUUACAAACGGGUCCAAACAUUUUGAUAAUAAAAUUACAUUUUGGUGCUUGUUUAUUAUUCCAACAUUGAGAAAUUUACAUAUAAGUUCUUUUUAUGUUGUGAGAAAUUUAAAAAUCAAUGUCUUUUAAUAUAUAUUUGAAUGCACAAGUAAUACACAUAUUAUUAAUUUAAAACUCUUGUUGUGUCUUUGGCACAAUCCAAAUACUAUAUUUACUUAGUAUCCAAAUAAAUAAUACUAGUUUUUUUACCUGCGCUUCGCAGCGGUAAGAGACUAAACAUAUUUGAGACUUCAUCUCUUGAUUUAAUAAAUUAGUUUGAAAUCAAAUAAUUUGGAUAAUAUAUCUCCAUCACCUCUACUUAGAGUUUUAAUAAUUAUGAAAGAUUAAUAUGUUUGUUCAAUUUAUAUAUAAGAAAUAACUAUCUCUACAAAAUUUUAUGCAUUGUAUUUGUAAUUUAUGUAACUAUUAUACAACGAUGUUAUGUAAAUAGUUUAUCAUGUGUUGUCUAAUAAUAAAAUCAAGUUACAAAAAUUAUCAUAUUUAAUUAAACUAUUAUGAAAAGUUAACUUACCUGACGGAACGUUUUCGUAAUGCAAAUUGAUAAGAUGAAUAAUAAUAUAAAUUUCAGAUAAUAAUAAAAUAAUUAAGUUAUAAAAAGUAUCACAUUUUAUUAGAAUACCAUUAAAAACAAUUGACUUUAAGAGCUUUUGUGUAAUGCAAAUUUAUGAUACAGUCAACAGAUUAGUUAAUAACAGAAAAUUUUGUUAAAAAUUAUAUCAUGUAAGACUUAUGUUAUCUGUUUGUUUUGUUUAUACAUAAGAAGUGAAUAUAUCUCCAUACGUAAUAUCAUAAUCAUUACAAAAGACUUACAUAAUACGAUUGGUUUAAGUGAUAUAUAAGAAAUAACUAUCAUUUCGUAAGAUUUAUAUAAUAUAUUUUAAUUUUAAUUUUUAUAAAAUGGUGUUAUGUAGAUUUUUUCUAAAUGUGUGGUUUAAUAAUAAAAUCAAGUUAUAAAAGUAUCACAUUUAUUAAAUUAUUAUGUAAAAGUUCACUUGCCUUAUGGAACUUUCGCAUAAUGCAAAUUAAUGAGAUGGUGAAUAUAAUAGUUAAUAAUAAAUUAUUGAGUAAUGGAAAGUAUCUCUUUGAUUAAAUGUUAACUGACUUUUAUAAAACCUUUGUGUAAUGCAAAUUGAUAAGAUGAUAAACAACACUAAUAAAUGACAUGUCGUUAAACUUAUAUUAAGGAAUAGCGGCGAGUGAUUUAUAUUUGGUUUGCUGGCAUUUGCUUAUCUUCUGUCAUCUUUUUCUUUUCUAUUUUGUCAUGCUAUCUUUUGUUUGGCGAGCGAUUAUUCAACUAUAAUUUUUAUGGAAGUGCAAGUUCUUGAAUCAUCAAGCUAGUUACGGUUUACUAAUCAAGUUCUUCAAAUUUAUGAGCUUUAUCCCCAUGAACCUGUAAGUUCAUCGAGCAUCUAUUUGUGCAACUUAAUGUAAGCCCCCAUUCAUGAUCGAAAAGUAGUUAUAACUUAGUGUGAUCCUCUAUUUGUACGACUCAAUACGAGCUGUCAUUUCAUGAUUUAAAAAGCAUUUUUUUUUUUCAUGUAAUAGUCAAGAUGUGUUGAAAAUUUGAAAACAACGACCAAAUAUGAGUAUAUGAAAAAUUCAAAACAACGGUCAAAACAGAUAACAAUAGCAAGAGAAAGAGUGCAAACCUUAAUCAUGAGCUCAAAUUAAAAAUUUCAAGAGUUGAAUUGUAUCACCAUGGAGAAGUGAACAUAUGGUCAACCACAGUAAAACCCACUAUCAUCUUUGCAAUAUCAACAGGAAGGUCUAUUGGUUUAAAAAAGAAACAGGUGAGAAAAUUUAGAGCUUAUAAUAUGGUUAGCCGCAUGCAAGUACAUAGUGGAUAUUGUAAAAAAAAAGUUUAAUACACUUGUAUAUCCAAAACUUUCACGGUUGUGCCAAUAAUAUCCAAAUUUCCCGAAAUACCACUUAUAUCCAUGUUUUAAAGUUGUUCUUUGCCAAAUCUAUCCAUUUCCCAAUAUAUUUUUGGUUAAAUACACUUGUAUAUCCAAAAACACCGUUAAAGAAUGUGAAAGAAUUGGAUAUAAGUGGUAUUUCGGGAAAUUUGGAUAUUAUUGGCACAACCGUGAAAGUUUUGGAUAUACAAGUGUAUUUAAAAUAAAAAAAAGUACAUAGAGGUUUACCCUAGGCGCUGCUGUAGCACAAAAUUCCAUUAGUUGUAUUUAUAUAAUCUUUAAAUAAUUCGUGAACAGUUACCCAAAAAACGUAAGUAACAGUGUUUUGAUUUUUUGGUUACUUACGACUUAAUUAUUCUAAUGAUAUUUGGAUUAUAAAUCCAAAUACUCAUAUCCAAACACUUCAUAAAAUAAUUUAUAACUUAAAAACCUAAUAAAUAUUUGUUCUCUCAAUUGUGAGGUACAUAUAUAAUAAUCUAACAAACUUGUGAAUAUCACCAAGCCAACUUGUAACCGGUAAAUCGAUAAGCUCAUAAGCCACCAGUAGCGUAGCUAGAAAUUUUUCUAAGUGGGUCAAACAUGGAAAAAAAAAGCUAAUGUCUAUUUUUUAUCCAAAUCUUUUUCAUAUUAUUUUAUAUUAUCUAAACUUAUCGAAAUACUAAGAAUUAGCCAAAUGUUAACUUUCAGUUAGCAAUUUUGUUAGUAAUAUUGACUUGACAACAUGGUACUACCUUGAUAGAGACACAAGAAGGUCAACAUUGCAAAAUUUUAGUAUUUUAACUAAGAAAAGAGUUACAAAAUUAUUAAUGAUAACGUAAAAAUGACUAAUAUUUUGAUGCAUUACGAAAGAUUUGACUAAUUAAUAGCAUUUUAAUAGGUUUGUAUAGUAUAAAAGAAUCCGAGAAACUAGGAGAAAGAUUUGGAUAAAAAAUAGAAAUUACUCAAAAAUAAAAUAAAAACGUAUGUUCAAGAUUUUCUAAAAUACAUUCAUCAUGCAAAUUAUGAGGGAUGUUAAGAUAUCAUAGUGAAAAAUCGUUCAUGAUUCUGCAAAUCAUCUUAUUCUGAAGUGUUUCUUUACUUUGCUUAUUACAGUAAGUGCUCUUUCAACACUUACAAUGACAACUGCUAGCAACAAACACCCCUAAGUACAUUAUUAAAAAAACCCAUAAGUUUUGAGUUUUUUUGUUUAUAUUAAACUCACUUACAAAAUAUAUGAAUUAAAAGUUAAAUAGAGAUCACAACAUAUUACUUUUCGUAAAAUUAUCUCCAAUAAUAUGAAGAUCUUGUAUUCAGUCAACAAUCAUAUAGUCAAAUUUACUCCACAAUCUUUGGGGCCAAGGUGGUGCAAAUGGCCCACUUUGACCUCAACCGGCUCCGCCAUUGUAAGCCGCUAAACCCCACUACCUACUUAGGUUACAAGUUGACUAUGACGAGCUACCAAAUGGAACCGACUCAUGGGCUGACGAUCUUUAGUUCAAAUUCGAUUCGUUAGUGAACAAAUCAAGUGCCAAACGAACUUUUUGGGGCGUAGAAUGUGAAGCAAAUCGAUUCCCUACAAACCACUAGUCUAGCUCCACGAUGGAUGCUGGCCUGCUGGGCCGACCUCGUUACGCUUUCACCUUUUGUACCAAAAUAAAUUCAGAAAUUUUAAUUGGAGACGAGAUUCGACGGGGAGGGGGAAAAAAAAAUUUAUUGGAGACGAGGGUGCUCCACGCUCUCGCGUAGGACUAACAAACAAAUUCAGAUUCAGGGGGAGAACCCAAACCAAGCGAAACGACCACAAGAAAUGUAGAUUGAAGAGAGAGAGAGAGAGAGAGAACGACAAUGAAACACGUCGGGCAUUUGGCACUGGCGGACGUUAAACCUCAAUCUACGCCACAGAAUCCGCUGCCCAGCCAAUCACACGGCUCAACCCUCGAAUCUCCGAUCUCCCUCCGUCUCCAUCAAGUGACCAAUAGGAAAAAAAUUAUUUAAUUUUAUUUUUAAAAAGAAAACAAAGAAGGAAGCAAACGGCAGCCGAAGAAGUCCACAACUUCUUUCUCGAGCCCUUUUCUCUCUCGUCUCCGAUUCCGUUAAUUGCGAAAAAAAAUGGAAUCGGCCUUCGCCCUGCAGCACCAUCCUCCGCCGCGCCCGCCGCCGUUCUGCCAUUUCUCCUUCCCUUCCUCGCUCUCUCGCCCGCACUCGCUUUUCCUCCGCCACAGGAAGUUCCCGCACUGCUUAUUCCGAUGUCUCCAAGCGCAGCAGCAGGAGGCGGCUGCGCCGGCUACCUUGGAAGGCAAGAGGAAGGGGAAGGUGAGGAGGAACAGUGGGAGCCGAGGUAAGGCGUUGACUAACAAGAGGACCGCCGCCGGCGAAGCCGCCGUCGCGGUAGUGAGGCCGAGGAGCGAGAGGAAGGAGGAGGUGAGCUUGGAGGCGCUUCAACAGAAAGGAGAUCCACUGGGAUGGAGGGAUCUCGGGAAGAGCGUUGUGAAGUGGAUAUCCCAGGGGAUGAAGGCAAUGGCGUUGGAUUUUGUUGCCGCGGAGUCGCAAGGGGAGUUCGAGGAGCUGAAGCAGAGGAUGGGCCCUGGUUUGACGUUCGUGAUGCAGGCGCAGGCUUACUUGAACGCGGCUCCUAUGCCUCUAGGGCUCGAGUCCGUUUGCUUGAAGGCUUGUACGCAUUACCCGACGCUCUUUGAUAACUUCCAGAGGGAGUUGCUGGAAGUUCUUCGUGGUAUGCAGGAGAAAGGCUCGGUUGAGGAUUGGCGUCAGACCGAGUCCUGGAAGUUCUUCAAGUAUCUUGCUAAAUCAGCUCAGCAUAAGGAAAUUGCGAGGAAGAUAACGCAGCCAAAGCGAGUGCAAGGAGUUUCAGGUAUGGACUUGGAAAAGGCCAAGGCCAUACAAGAGAGGAUUGACGAUUUCACAAAGAAAAUGUCAGAGCUGCUUGUUGUGGAGAGGGAUGCUGAAGUGGAGUAUACUCAGGAGGAGUUGAAUGUUGUCCCCACCCCAGACGAAAACUCUGAAUCAAGUGGGCCGAUCGAGUUCUUGGUUACUCAUGGGCAGGCUCAACAAGAGCUCUGUGACACCAUCUGCAACUUGUAUGCAGUUAGCAGCUCUGUAGGGUUAGGAGCAAUGAACUUGGUAUUGUUUAGGACCGAUGGGAAUCAUCUAUUACCGCCAACAAACCUUACUCCUGGGGAUAUGGUCUGCGUGAGAACAUGUGAUAGCAGGGGCGCAGUUGAAACCUCUUGUUUGCAAGGAUUUAUACAUAACCUUGGAGAGGAUGGCUGCAGCAUAAGUGUGGCCCUAGAAUCUCGUCAUGGAGAUGCCACCUUCUCUAAGCUGUCUGGCAAGAGUGUGCGCAUUGAUCGUAUUCAGGGACUUGCAGAUGCUCUCACAUAUGAGAGAAACUGCGAGGCAUUGAUGCUGCUUCAGAAGAAUGGCUUACAGAAGAAAAACCCUUCAAUCGCUAUUGUGGCUACGCUAUUUGGUGACAAGGAAGAUGUUGAAUGGUUGGAGCAGAAUAAUUUAGCGAGUUGGGAUGAGGUAAAUUUGGAUAAAUCCAUGAUAGACACAAAAUUCGAUGAUUCACAGCAGAGAGCAAUUGCCUUGGGUUUGAAUAAGAAAAGACCGGUACUUCUAAUUCAAGGGCCUCCUGGUACUGGCAAGUCAGGCUUGCUUAAGGAAAUCAUCACACUUGCUGUUGAACAAGGUGAAAGGGUACUUGUUACAGCACCAACAAAUGCCGCAGUAGACAAUAUGGUGGAAAAACUCUCAGAUUUCGGAUUAGACAUUGUGAGAGUCGGGAAUCCUGCACGUAUUUCCUCGGCUGUAGCAUCAAAGUCUUUGGGAGAGAUAGUGAACUCAAAGCUUGCAGCUUAUAGAGCUGAGCUCGAGAGGAAGAAGUCCGAUCUAAGAAAAGACCUGCGGUAUUGUCUGAAGGAUGAUUCUUUAGCUGCUGGCAUACGGCAGCUUUUGAAACAACUUGGAAGGGCACUCCAGAAGAAGGAAAAGGAAACCAUAAAGGAAGUGCUAUCGACUUCCCAAGUGGUGCUAGCAACCAACACUGGAGCUGCUGAUCCACUCAUAAGAAAGCUGCCUACAUUUGAUCUGGUGGUAAUAGAUGAGGCAGGGCAGGCAAUCGAACCAUCUUGUUGGAUUCCAAUACUCAAGAGCAGACGUUGCAUUGUUGCAGGUGACCAGUGCCAGCUUGCUCCGCUAAUUCUAUCCCGAAAGGCCCUGGAAGGUGGCCUGGGAAUUUCUCUAUUGGAACGAGCUGCAUCUUUACACGAAGGGCUCCUCACAACCACAUUAAGAACACAGUACCGUAUGAAUGAUGCGAUAGCCAGCUGGGCUUCCAAGGAGAUGUAUGGUGGAUUGUUGGAGUCCUCUCCCGUUGUUGCUUCCCAUCUUCUCGUGGAUUCUCCGUUUGUGAAGCCAACAUGGGUGACCCUGUGCCCACUGUUGCUACUAGACACAAGGAUGCCGUAUGGAAGUUUGUCAGUGGGAUGUGAAGAGCAUCUGGACCCAGCCGGAACAGGCUCUUUUUACAACGAAGGCGAAGCUGAUAUCGUCGUGGAACAUGUGCUCUCAUUGAUAUAUGCUGGCGUCAGACCGGCGGCGAUAGUGGUUCAGUCACCUUACGUUGCUCAGGUACAGCUGCUGAGGGAUAGGUUGGGAGAACUGCCGGAGUCUGGCGAUGUUCAGGUCUCAACCAUCGAUAGCUUCCAAGGGCGGGAGGGCGAUGCAGUAAUUAUCUCAAUGGUUCGAUCCAACACAUUGGGAGCGGUGGGGUUCUUGGGCGACAACAGGAGGAUGAAUGUGGCGAUCACGAGGGCAAGGAAGCACGUAGCGGUGGUGUGCGAUAGCUCGACGAUCUGCCACAACAGCUUCCUGGCUCGGCUGCUCCGCCACAUCCGCUACUUCGGGAGGGUGAAGCAUGCUGAGCCGGGGACCUUCGGCGGCUCCGGCCUAGGGAUGGAUCCAAUGCUGCCGUCCAUUGGGUAAAAACUCAUUGUCAUCUCUGCUACUUGUUGUUGUGGAUUUCUGUCGGUUUUAAGAUAAGAGAUAGCUAGCUGUCCUUAGUCUCUUCUUUCUGUGCUAGUUUUUUCUUUUCAAAAACAAACAUUGUUUCUCUCCAAUCUGGAUCGUUAUUAUGAUAAUGUACAUACAGGAAAGUAAGAAAACGAGGGAAAAAAAAAAAGUGAAAAGGGAAGAAAGCAAAGGGUGUCUUCUGUUUUUUGUAUUUGUGGGGGAUUAUUGUCACCAACUGUAUAUAAAGUGUAUCAGGUACAUAAUUAAAAUUAACAUUCUCCCUUUACAGGGUAUUCUGUAUUCUAUUAUGUAUAUGAGUUAGCCAUGUUGUGGCAUUUAAUUGUUAGUUUAUGACUUCUGGUACCGACGGUUUGAUCGGAAAAAAUCCUCUAUUGUAGG